CUGAAGCCACUCCCCGCACAUUUCACUCGAAACUUCAACGAACCCCAGCCCUCCCUGCGGAAAAGGCACCAGAAAAUGAGCGAAAUCAUCCCCUUCGAAUCCCUCCCCCUCGACCCCGAGGGGCCCCCCGGCAACGCCUGGGGCCGCUUCGGCGCCGCCGACCAACUGGGCACCCUGAACCUGCUGACGCCGGCGGUGAUCGUGGCCGCCGCGAAAGAGAUCCGCACGGGGGUGCGCAUCUCGCUCGACUGGCCAUUGAGCAUGCCUACCUACCCGAGCUUCGAGCGUGACCCGUUCCACCAGCGGAUCGUGCAUCGGCGGCCCAAUUGCAUCAAUGAUGAUAUCUUGACGUUUAAUACGCAGGGGUCGACGCAGUGGGAUGGGUUCAGGCAUUAUGCCCAUCAGCAGAGCAAACGAUUCUAUAACGGGCAUACGCAGGAGGAGAUUGAGGGGUCAGAUGUUCUGGGGUUGCAUGUGGUCACCGAAGCCGGCGGCAUCACCGGCCGGGGCAUCCUGCUGGACUACGCCACCUGGGCGGACGAGCACCACAUCCCUCUCGCCCCGCUGACCUCCUCGGCCAUCCCAGUCGCCCACCUCACCCAGCUCCUCGCCGACCACAGCAUCCAGCCCCGUCCCGCCGACAUCCUCUUCAUUCGCAGCGGAUUCACACGCGCCUACCAUGCGCUCUCGGACGCCGAGCGCCAGGACCUCGCUCGCCGCCCGUCCCCGGACUUCAUCGGGCUGGAGGCCUCCGAGGCCGCCGUGCGCUGGCUCUGGGCCCACCAGUUCGCCGCCGUCGCGGGCGACGCCCCCAGUUUCGAGCGCGCCCCCAUCCGCGGCGCCCACGCCGACCGCCGCUUUAACCUGCAUGAGUGGGUGCUGGCCGGGUGGGGGUGUCCCAUUGGGGAGCUGUUUGAUCUCGAGCGCCUGGCAAAGCAUUGUCGCGAGACGCGGCGGUAUGAGUUCUUCCUGGCCAGUGUGCCGUUGAAGGUACGUUCUUUUUCCUUUGCUGUGUGGGGAAGGAAGGCAUUGAUCAGGAAGGGCGAAGUGGGAAGAAUUCCGAGUCGACUGGAGUUUCUUGGGCUAAUUCGAGACGUUUUCUUUUCCCUAGGUUGUUGGAGGCGUAGCCACUCCGCCGAACUCGGUGGCUAUUUUUUGAUCCUGUGGAGGUUAUAAUACUAUGUGAGUCCGUAUUCGCUGGCUGAAUGAUGUAUAUGAUUGGAAGAUAUCAGGAUUGCAAGUUUGUACAUAGUGUAUUGUAAUGAUUCUGGCAAAUUCAUGGUUUGCGAC